CCCAUCUCUUCCCGCCGCCGCCCGAACGCUUCCCCAUUCCCACACCACACAACGACCACAGUCUGGCACCACUUUCGGCACCCAGUAAUGCAGUGGAGAAGCAGUCUGUCAUCAAUGAUCUGCGGGUAGCGGGUACCGUAGCGUCCCAUCCCCGGCACCUCAAUCACCAACCUACUGCGCAGUAGCCUGUACUGCGGUAUGUAGGUGGUCGGUCACUGGUUGUUGGUCACCAAGGUAGCGUGCCAAUGCGCUGACUACUCGACCAAAUAACGCGCCUAACUGAAAAAAAAAUCCCCUCCCCCAUCUCCGCCUUUCCGGGCGUUCCAUGAACCAUAUUGUCAUAAUACAUCAUUUCUCGCCAAUUCCUCUUCUACCUACUCUCGCUCUUCCCACCUCUCUCCCGCCCUCCUCCUCUUCGACGCAAUGCCAUCCCUAACUUAAUCACCGUCGCCAAUCUCUCGCCGAGAGCACGCACACUCAAUCGAUCAAUCCCUCCCCGCAAACGACCGAAACAAAACAUUGGACGACGGCCGAUCGACGGAAACAACAACACCGGCCACAGGCCCCGCCCCCGAGCGACACCUCCGGACGACCCGGACCAAAACAUCUCGACACCUCCCCGUCCGAUCAUACACUCGAGAUAAUAACCCGAUCAGACGACGACGUCCAAACCACCGCCCACAAUGCUCCAUUCCCGCGCCCUCCUCGCCUACCCCCAAGGCGCAAACGACUCCGACACAAUCCUCGGCGGCGUCCACUUCAACCUCACCGUCCUCCGCUUCUGGAACUACACCCUCUACACAAACGGCACAGUCUCCAACGGCUCAAACUGCUACGUCACAGAACAGCCCUACACACCAGUCUACCUGCUCCCCAACGGCACAUUCCAAAACUCAACAUGGUGCUACGACCCCGUAAACCCAAUCGGCAAGCGCGCCGGCGUAGGCGUGGGCUUCGGCGUCGUCUACGCCUUCGCCCUCAUGUUCGUCCUCGCGAACCUGAACCGCCACGGUCGGCACUACCUCCCGACGACGAAGCGGUUCUAUCCCAUCGGACGCCGGUGGCAGUGGUACUAUGCGAUUCUGGUCUGCGUUGCGGCGUUCAUCAGUCUCUUCACCAACAUCGACGUCGACCGCUUCUACGUCAUCGGGUUGCCCAUCAUCAUCAACAGCUUCUUCUGGUACCUCAUGCAAAUGUUCACCAUUGCGCUGGUCUGGGAGGCCGUCCGCCACUGGGGAAGCUGGAGCGAGAGACAGGCUAUCGACCCGGACCCCUUCUCCCUGCGCGAGGGUGACCGCCGAAGCAAGCUCGAGUUCUGGAUGCCAUUGUGGUUCUACCUAUGGCUCUGGCUGAACUUCUUCCUCAUCAUCCCCCGCAACUGGGGCGAAAUCGAAAAACAACGCUCCCCAGACCAAACCGCCGCCCGCGCCGCCCCCUCCGCGACAGACGCCCGCUUCAAAGCAGCAACCUUCUGCCUCGUAGUCUGCUUCCUCACCAUCCUCGCCUCCCUCCGCCACUCCAUAAAACACUACUACCCCCGCAACCGCGGGCCCCUCAACAAGUUCGCCGGCCUCCUCCGCUACACCCCCUGGCGCUUCCUCGUCAUCCUGCCCCUCACAGCCUGCCUCAUCGCCUACCAGGGCCUCGUCUCCUGGAACUUUGCCUACUCCGUCCUCAACGCGAAAGCAAGCCUGGCGGCCGUCUACGCAGGAGGAUACGGUCCGGCGCUACUGAUUCUCUACACACAAAUCGCGUACGGCUUCACCUCCCCCAACGAAGACAAGGAACUCAUCCGCCAGCGCCGCGAGCGCGGCACGCAAAUCGACCGGGAGAUGGGAUACGUGCCCAAACCCGCCUGGUGGCGCCGCGCAAAGAACGACGACCACCUCGUCGGCCAGAUGAGCAUGCGCGAGCGCAUCGCCCGCAACGUCCGCGAACUAGGCGGUGGACGCGCCACGGGCCGCGGCAUAGACGAGACCCUCGAGGCGCGCGCGGCCGAACACGAGCAGCAGCAGCAAGCCGCGGAACGGGAGAUUGAAAUGGGUAGCUUCAACGGGCGCUCAUCGAGACCGAAUUCCAUGCACGGGUCCCUUCGACCCGGCUUCGACGCGGCGGAUCCGUCAACGUUUACUUCCUAUACUGGAAAAUCAGACCGCCGGCGGAACGAGAGGGCGAUGAACGCCGCUGCGGAACUCCUCUUCCCUGGCGCCGGACCCCGCGUCGACCGGUCCGCGGAACUGAUGCAAGACGGCCCGCCGCCGCCGUCCUACACCGACGCCCAGAGCGGGAGCGGGAGCGGGGGUCUCGGCGCGGGACGGGGACGGACGCCGGACAGUGGCUCCACUGCUCAUGGACCGGGAGAGAGGAGUCACAGCGCGAGCACCGCCGUGUCCUUGACGCAGCAGCCGCAGCAGGUGAAGAGUAUGUUAGAUAUUUGAUUGGGAGAUCUCCCCAAUAUAGGAUGGGAUAUUGGAAUCUAUAAAGCUCACGAGGUAUGACGAUUAUUUAAGAGAAUGUAAUUUGUGUAUAUCUGCCACUGGCGUUUGGAAGGCUAGUAUCUGGGAUUUAGAAUCCAGGUUUCCUUGGACCAGCGCCGAGAUAUUGUUCAGAAUAUAACGGUAAAAUUAUUGUCAAUGUCAUAUUCGUCCAGUUGGUCCUCGUGAUGUAGUUCUCAGUGUAUGUAUGAAACAGUAUGCAUGAUGCCUUUCAUGUCGUCCUCGACUUCCGAGAGGAAACUCAUGGGCGAACCCUCGCCCAUCCUGUACCCGGAACCAAGAAUACAGCUAUUAGCAGACCAGAGCCAAGUUCAUUGUUGAAGAUAUAAUGAUACGAUUUCUCUCCUUAUGUUUGAUGGAAGACGCUUAUUAUCUGAUAUUUCCCUCGCUUCGUUCGAAGAUAGAAUCCAUCUCCAUCAUGAACUCUCUGGACUUACGCAUAACGCGAGAAGCCCAGAGAAGAAAUCUCGCCUCGUGGACGGUAGCUUGCCGAAAACAAUGCUCCGCAGCAGGCUUGACCAUUCAAUUCUCACUGCACAGGAUGUCGAGGGAAACGUCGCGAUGCACCCCGUAUAUCAUCGACCUCUGGCCAGACCGCACUUCGCCCACCCGUUCCCUUCUCGGAGGCCGACAGCAGCCUCCAUCUGCAUGUCGGAUAGCCGCAUCCUGUCCCAUCUGACAGGUCGUCUCCCCAGAUCUGUCGUAUCACAAUGUCAUCGUCGACCGAGGUCAACUCUCACAUACCUCACAUCGUGAACUUGGGGUACCAGUCUCGUAUCGAGAGCGGUGGGGACGAGUACCGCGUCAGAUCGGGACGAGCAUCUCGGUCUCCGACUCCAAAAGAGCCCUCCUAGCUACUGUGCCCCUGCCAGAACAAAGCAUCUUCGGAUGGGAUGUGCGCACUGCCCAGUAUUGAAGGGAUGUGUCGUUCGUCAAAAGCGUGCGUGUGCUCGGACGAGUAGCCAAAGCUUCAACUCGAACGACGAAUAUUCCACGUCCUCAUUUGCCACCCCGCGGAAAGUUUGCACCCUGAUGUAAAUCUCUCUACUCAGCGACAGCAUGUGAACUGAGCAGGCCUAGACUCAGAGUGCCAAAAACUUGUACCCGGCCGCAUGCGAAGCUUGAGCCCAUGACUCGUCAGCCGCCAUCCCAUCAAGAGUCCGAAUUUAACACCAUCCAUCUGUCACCCGAUGGGAGGUCAAAGCAACGGCAGACGUCGUUCAUCCAAUGACAGCAGCCAGAUAACCCAGGAACAGAUCUCAGUCGAUGCGGAGAAGAAUAAGAAAACCAACCACGUAGCUAGCCGCCGAGGGGGUGGGAAGGGACCGUGAGACCAGGAACCAGGAGCAUGAGCAAGAAAAAGCAACGGGACCGGGUGUUGGCGAUGCAGGCGGCUUCGUGCCUCGUGCCUGGAGAAGGCCUGCUGGCGCAAGACGCCUAGGUAUUGCUUCUCUCAUAGACUCCUAUGGUAGUCUAAUACCUCACGCAAAGAUAAGGUAAGAUGCAGGUUGGCGCCCCCCUCGGUCCCGACCAACGACUUCACCCGGGCGAUGGACGCACUAGGGGCGCGCCGGAGGUUUAUGCCUGGCCAUAGUCAUGAAAUGGAUCAGUCGG